GUCCUCUUCAUGACUAAGGACUUCAGAGAGGCUGUGGAAAGGUUUGGAUACUUUUUAUGCGUUUUAUCGUAAUUAAAAUGCCUGUACUGGAUUUAGUGAGCUGCCAAGCUCUAGCCAUCUUGAAUAUUCUUAGAUGAAACUCAAAAUAAUAAAUAGGCGAUCAAUAAAAAAACAAAAAUACAUUUAAAAUGUCUCCCUACAGCCAAGUGUUUGAACAAGAACAACAACAGGAGCCAGAGCUAGAGAACAAGGAUGGAGUUGGUCCUCAGUUGAAAAAGUUGUUUGAGAUUUUAAAGACAAGCAAUGCUGGCACAGAGGACAUCUCAUCAAAACUGGGAAUUGGAAAUGGUGAGUUUAGUUAUCGGAGCUCACAUGGAAUAUGCAUUUUGUGCAUCACUAACUUUAGUAACUUGUGAUCAUAGUAAAUAUAUUUAAGUGCAUAAUAUUAUCCUGUAGUAUUAGCCUGCCAUCUGAGUGAUAUAUUUGAUUUUUGUCACACAGUAUUUGAGCAACAAGAUGCUGCUCAGUAUUUAGAGAAGAUUUUAAGCCUGGUCAAUGCUGAUGUGUCCAAGGUAAUGCAUCACUGAUAAAUUGACAGUUCUAAAGUUAUGCUGUCUAUAGAACUAAUGGUAUGACAAGAAGGCAAAGAUUGUAUCCAAUGUUUGUCUUUAGAUCUUCAAAGGACAAUUGAGACACAUCUCCACCUGUUCAGAAGGUCAUCCAAUCAGUGAUAAAAGUCGUCCAUUUUGGUCUCUGCCACUCUCGAUGAAAGAUUCCUCAGGCUUCGACAAAACUUACAGUGUGGUAAGGAACAUUAUCACCUGUUAGCAACUACAAUGUUUGCAUGGGAAAGUGUAAUUUAAUGUCCUCUCAGUAUAACAGACAAGGAAGUAUUGAUUUGAGUAAACCCCAUGUAUUCAUGUGUAUGAUCUCAUUUUAGGCAAAUAUCCCAGUCUCAGUCAAAGGCAAACAUAACUGUGUUUAAUGUUUUUUCUGUUUAUGUUGUUUUUAGGACGAUGGGUGGACCGAGUUUUUCAAGUCUUCAACGGUCAGUGGGGACAAUAAGAUGUACUGUGAUGGCUGUGACGAGAAAGCAGAUGCAACCAUUGUGAGUAGGGAUAUUUAGAAUUCUCCUUUCAUUUCCCAAAUGUAUUAUUCCACCUUGAUCUGUGGGCAGUUCUGCCUCGAGGGCAGAAACAAAUGUGAUUGAUUACGUUUAGAAAAGUAAUUCCAAUUGGUAAGGGUUUGAGUUAUGCCCUGCAUCCACCUCCAAACUUCCACUGGAAAACGGAGAACGCCACCAAGUAAAAUUUUCACUAUACAAGAUACUGUCUCUCUCUAGUGGUUAAAAUAAUCAGGACUAAAAAGUCUAAUGUCUCUGGUUACAUUUUGUGUCACCAGGAAUAUCAGAUGAAAGAUUACCCAGAGAUUCUGACUCUGCUCCUCAAGAGGUUUCAGUUGGACUACAAUAGGAUGGAUUAUGUCAAAAUCGACUGCUGUGUGGAAGUGCCUUACACAUUGCAGACAGCGGUAUUACAAUUAUUAUUAUUUACAACGUUAUUCAUUCAACAGGUUCUGUUAUCACACAUUUUCUCAUUUGGUUACACAGUUGGAUAUUUACAUACUAUGUUGAUGGUACAUAAAGGAGAAAAAAUCCAGUGAUGUCCCUUUCUGCAGUUCAUGUCACUGUUUGAUUUAUUCAACAUCUCUGAACAGAGGUAUGCAUAUGAACUCUAUGCGAUAGUGGACCAUGUGGGGAGUCUAAGAGGUGGACAUUACACUUCUAGAAUCAAGUCCUACGAAGAUCAGAAGUGGUAUGUGUUUGAUGACAGCUACGUUAGACUGGUAAGGAGUGUUCUUUUAUUGAAGGGGAUAUGACUAGAUAGAUAUUAUUAUUAUAUGCUUUUUGUAUGGCCCUGUUAAUAGACAAGGGCUACGUCUCAUUUGUUUAACAGAUCAUAAUGUGGGUGAGGUUGUAAACAAGUUGUUAGGUUUCAAAUGAGAAUAUACUGUAUUGGGUUGGAUGGGAAACCAGGACUAAUACCGCAGUAGUCAUUUAAAGGUACAUUCUGGGAUUCGAAAAACAGCAAAACCACUUACUAUUUGUUUUGGUAUUCAGCUGAGGGAUGGGGCUAGGGAAAUGUAACCCCUCUCAAAUUCAUAGACAGCACUGUAGAUGAAAGUCCAUGACAUCCAAGAUAUAGUUUAAUCACAUUUUGAAGAUAUACAGUGAGGGAAAAAAGUAUUUGAUCCCCUGCUGAUUUUGUACGUUUGCCCACUGAUAAAGACAUGAUCAGUCUAUAAUUUUAAUGGUAGGUUUAUUUGAACAGUGAGAGACAGAAUAACAACAAAACAAUCCAGAAAAAUGCAUGUCAAAAAUGUUAUAAAUUGAUUUGCAUUUUAAUGAGGGAAAUAAGUAUUUGACCCCUCUGCAAAACAUUAUUUAGUACUUGGUGGCAAAACCCUUGUUGGCAAUCACAGAGGUCAGACGUUUCUUGUAGUUGGCCACCAGGUUUGCACACAUCUCAGGAGGGAUUUUGUCCCACUCCUCUUUGCAGAUCUUCUCCAAGUCAUUAAGGUUUCGAGGCUGACGUUUGGCAACUCAAACCUUCAGCUCCCUCCACAGAUUUUCUAUGGAAUUAAGGUCUGGAGACUGGCUAGGCCACUCCAGGACCUUAAUGUACUUAUUCUUGAGCCACUCCUUUGUUGCCUUGGCCGUGUGUUUUGGGUCAUUGUCAUGCUGGAAUAGCCAUCCACGACCCAUUUUCAAUGCCCUGGCUGAGGGAAGGAUGUUCUCACCCAAGAUUUGACAGUACAUGGCCCCGUCCAUCGUCCCUUUGAUGCGGUGAAGUUGUCCUGUCCCCUUAGCAGAAAAACACCCCCAAAGCAUAAUGUUUCCACCUCCAUGUUUGACGGUGGGGAUGGUGUUCUUGGAGUCAUAGGCAGCAUUCCUCCUCCAAACACGGCGUGUUGAGUUGAUGCCAAAGAGCUCGAUUUUGGUCUCAUCUGACCACAACACUUUCACCCAGUUCUCCUCUGAAUCAUUCAGAUGUUCAUUGGCAAACUUCAGACGGGCAAGUAUAUGUGCUUUCUUGAGCAGGGGGACCUUGCGGGCGCUGCAGGAUUUCAGUCCUUCACGGCGUAGUGUGUUACCAAUUGUUUUCUUGGUGACUAUGGUCCCAGCUGCCUUGAGAUCAUUGACAAGAUCCUCCCGUGUAGUUCUGGGCUGAUUCCUCACCGUUUUCAUGAUCAUUGCAACUCCACGAGGUGAGAUCUUGCAUGGAGCCCCAGCCCGAGGGAGAUUGACAGUUCUUUUGUGUUUCUUCCAUUUGCGAAUAAUCGCACCAACUGUUGUCACCUUCUCACCAAGCUGCUUGGCGAUGGUCUUGUAGCUCAUUCCAGCCUUGUGUAGGUCUACAAUCUUGUCCCUGACAUCCUUGGAGAGCUCUUUGGUCUUGGCCAUGGUGGAGAGUUUGGAAUCUGAUUGAUUGAUUGCUUCUGUGGACAGGUGUCUUGUAUACAGGUAACAAGCUGAGAUUAGGAGCGCUCCCUUUAAGAGUGUGCUCCUAAUCUCAGCUCGUUACCUGUAUAAAAGACACCUGGGAGCCAGAUUGAGAGGGGGUCAAAUAUUUAUUUCCCUCAUUAAAAUGCAAAUCAAUUUAUAACAUUUUUGACAUGCGUUUUUCUGGAUUUUUUUGUUGUUAUUCUAUCUCUCACUGUUCAAAUAAACCUACCAUUAAAAAAUAAUUUAUUUUUUAAGCAAGGGGCACCACCAAGCAAGCGGAACCAUGAAGUUAAGGAGCUCUCCAAACAGGUCAGGGACAAAGUUGUGGAGAAGUACAGAUCAGGGUUGGGUUAUAAGAAAAUAUCCAAAACUUUGAACAUCCCACGGAGCACCAUUAAAUCCAUUAUAUAAAAAUUGAAAGAAUAUGGCACCACAACAAACCUGCCAAGAGAGGGCCGCCCACCAAAACUCACAGACCAGGCAAGGAGGGCAUUAAUCACAGAGGCAACAAAGAAACCAAAGAUAACCCUGAAGGAGCUGCAAAGCUCCACAGCGGAGAUUGGAGUAUCUGUCCAUAAGACCACUUUAAGCCGUACACUCCAAAGAGCUGGGCUUUACGGAAGAGUGGCCAGAAAAAAGCCAUUGCUUAAAGAAAAAAAUAAGCAAACUCGUUUGGUGUAUAUUUUACUUCUUCAAAGUGGUAGGCAUGUUGUGUAAAUCAAAUGAUACAAACCCCCCAAAAAUCCAUUUUAAUUCCAGGUUGUAAGGCAACAAAAUAGGAAAAAUUCCAAGGGGGGUGAAUACUUUCGCAAGCCACUGUACGUAAUACUGUAUGUCACGCAAGGCCAUUGUAUACCAUUUUAUCACCAUUGCUUUCCCUCUGUUACAGCUCAAUCAACAGCCAUCUACGCAAGGUUUUGAAAUGUAAGCGUUAUUAUUUUUCUGUAUUUUAUACAUCUCAUGAAGCAUGGUUGAAUAUAAUGACUACAUUACAUUUUAGAACACAAAUAUACCUUCCUUAGAAAAUUAUUUAUUAAUUAAUUUGUAAGAUAACACUGUUAUUUUUCUAUUAGAUCCCGAAGAGCUUACUUGCUUAUGUACAAGAAAUGUAAGUAAACUAAAGUUAACUAUUAUGUGUAAUACCACUCUAUCACUAAUUAUAUCAAAUGGCUACCCAGACUAUUUGCAUUGUUGUCGCACACCCCUCUGUCGCACACAGGGGUGUGCGACAGAGACAGGAGAGGAUAAUGUAAAGAAGAGGGAACAGGGGUGUGUGACAGAGACAGGAGAGGAUAAUGCAGAGAAGAGGGAACAGGGUGAUAUGAAAGAGACAGGAGAGGAUAAUGAGGAGAAGAGGGAACAGGGUGUUAUGAAAGAGACAGGAGAGGAUAAUGAGGAGAAGAGGGAACAGGGUGUUAUGAAAGAGACAGGAGAGGAUAAUGAGGAGAAGAGGGAACAGGGUGUUAUGAAAGAGACAGGAGAGGAUAAUGAGGAGAAGAGGGAACAGGGUGUUAUGAAAGAGACAGGAGAGGAUAACAUAAAAAAGGGUGGUGUGGAAAGGGAAGGGGAGGGUUAUGUUGAGCAAGCGAGAAGAGAGGAUCACAAUUCGCCAAGUCAGUCCACACAGUCUCCUAGCUCUGUGAACACAAGUGGGAGCAGACAAACAGACUUGACUCUCAAGAGAAAAGGAGAGGAAAAGCAAAAUGAAUGUGAUGACGAAAAAGAGGAAAAGAUAGGAAGAGAGCAAAAGGAGAGCUCAGGAGAGGUGAAGAAGAAGAAGAACAGAAGAGGAAGGUUUAAUAGGAGUUCCCUGUUUAUCUAA